CCGCCCCCUGCCCCGCCUCUCCGGGGAAGGCCCGGCUCGGAUCCGCUGAGCCUGGUUCAGCCCGGCUCGUCUCCGUUCGGCUCGGCUUGGCCCGGCCCGGCCCGGCUCGGCUCGGCUCGGCUUGGCUCGGCUCGGCUUGGCCCGGCCCGGCUCGGCUCGGCUCGGCUCGGCUCGGCCAUGGGCUGGGCCGCGGUGCUGGCUGGGGCCGCGGUGCUGGCGCUCGCCGCCGCCUGGGCGCCCUCCGCCGAAGAGGAGCUGCAGUUCAAGGCCUGGAUGCUGCAGAACAACCGGCGGUACGGCCCCGACGAGUACCCCCGCCGGCUGCGCGUCUUCCUCGGCAACAAGAGACGGAUCGACGAGCACAACGCCGGGAACCACAGCUUCCAGAUGAGUCUGAACCAGUUUUCAGAUCUGACUUUCGCCGAGUUUAAAAAGUUGUACCUCUGGGGAGAGCCCCAGAACUGCUCGGCCACGAAGGGGAACUUCCUGCGCAGCUCUGGGCCACAUCCUGACUCCAUCGACUGGAGGAAGAAGGGGAAUUACGUGACGCCUGUGAAAAACCAGGGCCCCUGCGGGAGCUGCUGGACCUUUUCCACCACAGGAUGUUUGGAGUCUGCUAUUGCUAUUGCAACAGGAAAGCUCCUUUCGCUGGCGGAACAGCAGUUAGUUGAUUGCGCUCAGGCUUUUAACAACCACGGCUGCAGCGGGGGCCUGCCAAGCCAAGCCUUUGAAUACAUACUGUAUAACAAAGGGCUCAUGGGGGAGGACACCUACCCGUACCGGGCCAAGAACGGCACGUGCAAGUUCCAGCCGGAGAAGGCUAUUGCGUUUGUCAAGGAUGUUAUCAAUAUCACGCAGUAUGACGAGGAUGGCAUGGUAGAAGCUGUGGGGAAGCACAACCCGGUGAGCUUUGCGUUUGAGGUGACGAGUGACUUCAUGCACUACAGAAAAGGAGUCUAUUCAAACCCACGAUGUGAGCACACUCCUGACAAGGUGAACCAUGCUGUCCUCGCUGUGGGGUACGGAGAAGAAAAUGGAACUCCUUACUGGAUUGUGAAGAACUCCUGGGGCCCGCUGUGGGGCACGGAUGGGUACUUCCUUAUUGAACGUGGCAAGAAUAUGUGUGGUCUUGCUGCUUGUGCAUCUUACCCGGUUCCUCAGGUGUAAGAGGAGAGCGCAGGCUGGGGAAAGUGGGCACAGGAAAAGGAGCGACUGAUUGUAUACGCAAUUCCUGAGUGCUCAAAUCAAGAAAGUGAGAACAAGAUGAAAAAACCUGUCUGUGGAAAGCUGUUACCUGCAGGCACAGUCCUCGGCUUGCACACAGGUUCUUGCAGCAGGAAGACCCGUGCCUCUUCUCCCCAGCCAAAAGCAAAGCGUGCUCCUGCGCCGAGGGCUGGGCUCCUGCUUCCUCCCGGCUGCAGCGUGCCUCGCUCUCCCUGUCCGAACCGGGGCGCGCUUGGACCGGGGAAAGGCCGUGCAGUUACACAGUUUUAAGAUGCCCUUCCUUCAGGUGGCUGCUUCUCAAUCAACAAUGCAACUCUAGGGAUAUUUAAAUUUUCUUUGAAGGUGAUGUUUCCUUCCUCUAGAGAAAGAGGGGUGUUGUGAUUUGUACGUUUUAUCUAUUUUCAUUAAAUGUUUUUAGUAUUUUUUUUGCAUUAAAGAAAUAGGGUCUUUUAAUGCAAAUAGAGAAGAAAUGGAUGCUUUUCUUUCAUGAAUUAAUGAAGAAAGCAAGAAGCUGAUUGCUAGUGGUUUAUAAACACGCGAUGGCGAGAGAAGGUCCUGUGUCAGUAGGGGGCGCUUCUGCUGGGAGUUGUUUCACGCUAAAACCUGCCACCGACUGAAUAAAGACGACUUGUCCCCGG